AUGGCAAUCUCCAGAAACAACACUCUUGUGCCUUGUGCAAAAAGUGCAUAUUGUGCAAUGCAUGAUAAGCGCCGGCGGAUCCAAGGUUCAUGAGAAAUUAGACGCAAGCGCCCAGCCGGAAACUGCCGCAUAGAAUUGAAUUGGGCCUUAAUGUGGGCUGCUCCUGAGUGCGCGAAUGCACCGUUCCCUUCGCACUCAUCCCUCAUUAGUCUUACUAUCGACCAUCCGUCGUUGCCAACAUUGCCCCGCAUCCCCCUUCCAUCCCUCAAGACUAUUCCCCAAGGCAUCCCUGGCUUCGCCCAAAGGCGACCUCCCCGCUGCGCACACCCCUAUGCAUCGCUUCGCACACACACCUGACUACCAGGCAUUCCCUGCCGAGUAUGCUUCUCGGCCACAUCCUGUCUCUCGACCUAUGCCGCUAUCGCUUACUACCAUGCCUCCCGAGCAUCAUUCCCCAACCGAUGCCUCUGCAGCCCCUUAUCCCCCAAGCGCCAUCGUACCCAACGCCCAAUCUAACCAGUCAUUUGAUCUUUUCGAUGAUAUUGAGUGGUCGUGGUCCCCCACCCCCACGGGGGAGCACAACACUCACAUGAACUUCCAAUUCUCUCAGGCACAGUCAGAUCCAUCUUAUCUACAUUCACCGUCGCCUCCGGAACAGGGGAGUUCGUCGUCGGGGUCCUCUGGGGGCGAGCAUUCACCAUUAAGAGCCGACUGGCAUUCGGACACGUCGCCAAGGCCCAUAAGGCGUCGCCCGAUCCGGCGUUCAGAAACCGAUCUGUUCAAAUGGCAAGUUUAUCAAUGAGCCCCUGCGCUGCCCCUUCUCCAUUACCUUCGAGUCCCGUCUUCAGUCAAGUGCGGUACUCGGGCACCAGCGCUCCGGCUGCGGCAACUAGUUCUCCAGAACCGGUACUAGACAAUGAAAGCGAUGAAAAUCAGAAGAAGAAACGGAAACGAGACUCGAAAGACAACUGUAGGUUGUUUCCACUCUGACACGUCCUGAAUGUGGCUGAUGGUGGAUUUUCAUAUGAUUCUUCCUCCUUAAUCCGCCCGAUCUCACGACGGCCCGCCCAACCGCGACGCU